AUGUGGCGGCUCUUCGCUCCCUUUGCGACGGUGUGCUUCGCGGCGCCGGCAGACCAUUGGGAGCGGGUCAGGCAAGUUUUGCACCUUCAGCCGCUGAUCAAGGACGUCGCCCUGCUAGUGGGCGAUGGGCAACAUCGCCUUUUUCACAUGGAGCGUGGGGACAUGACUCUGGAGAAGCCGCUGUGGGUCGCCUCGUCCUCAAAGAUGGUCUUCGUCGUGCGGGCCAUGCAGAUGGUGGAGCAAGGGCUGCUGAAGCUCCACGACCCGGUGAACAGGUAUCUUCCCUACUGGGCACAAGACUCCAGUGACCCUCGUUCACAGGUUACUCUGUUCCACCUCCUCAGUUUCCAGUCUGGCUACACCUUCGGCCUGACAAAGGUGGAUUCGUGCUGGCUCAAGCCCUGGCUGAACUUCAGUGCGUGUGUCGAGCGCCUCUACGACUCCCUGCCGCUGGGGGCCGCCCCGGGCACUGUGUGGGACUACAAUGAGUUCCACAACCAGGUCGUGGCGGCGGUCUUGGAGAAGGUGACUGGCACCGACAUCUACACGCUCCUGUCCGAGGACCUGAAAUCCUGGAACAUGACGCAUAGCCGCUAUCCGCAUCACUUCGGGCCGGGGGGCCCGGAUGUGAGCGCCGACCUGGUGACAACGGCCGUGGACUACGAGCAGCCCCAUGGCCUCGGUU